UGCCAAAGACGGCCCCUCUAUGCGCUUUGGAUCUGUAAAAGACAGACCAUAUAAUAAUUCUUUUAUAAUACCAAGACUCGGUCUCGUUUUGUAAUGGCUUCAGAAAAGGUCAAAAAGAGAAGCCCGAGAGCUUGGGAUGCUCUUACUCCUCCUCUUGCAGAGUGGAUUCGCGAUGCGGUCGCAACUAUGGGCUUCAGCCAAAUGACACCCGUCCAAGCUGCAACACUACCACAUUUCCUCGGAAACAAAGAUGUUGUUGUUGAGGCUGUCACUGGCAGUGGAAAAACCCUCGCCUUUCUCAUCCCUCUUGUACAAAAACUUUUGCGACUUAGCGAACCCACGAAGAAGCAUCAUGUUGCUGCGAUAAUCGUCUCUCCCACGCGCGAAUUGGCCGCUCAAAUUCAUACUGUUCUCGUCAACCUGUUACAAUUCCACGAAGCUUCGGCUGAAAUCCUCCCGCACCUCAAAGACGACGAAAAGCGACCUUCUACUACCGUGCCCGCCAUCGUACCCCAGCUGCUCGUUGGAGGUACAACGACCACCGCGCAAGAUCUCAGUUUCUUCCUUCGACAUAGCCCAAAUGUUCUUAUCUCCUCGCCCGGCCGACUUGUCGAGCUCUUGUCUUCACCUCACGUCCACUGCCCUCAAUCCUCUUUUGAGGUUCUCGUCCUCGAUGAAGCCGAUCGACUUCUUGACCUUGGCUUUAAGCCUGAUCUCCAGAAAAUUCUAUCAAACCUUCCAAAACAAAGAAGAACUGGUCUUUUCAGCGCCAGUGUUAGUGAGGCUGUUGGAGAGAUUAUCCGAGUUGGUUUACGAAAUCCCGUCAAGAUCGAGGUUAAGGUCAAGAUGAAGGAUGGAGGAAUUCUUGAAGACAGAAAAACACCUGCCAGUCUCCAAAUGGCAUAUAUGGUCAAGCCUGCUAGCCAAAAGCUGCCUGCCUUGGCAGAACUUCUUCGACAAUUACCUAUAAAACCCCAACGAAGCAUUGUCUUCCUCUCCACAUGCGCCGCGGUCGAUUACUUUCAACACGUUCUACCUGCGAUCCUACCAGAAGGUUUUGCGUUGGUGCCUCUUCACGGGAAGCACCCAGCUAAAGUACGAGAGAAGAACUUCAACCGCUUUUUGAACUCUGUUGCCCCCACAAUACUACUUACAACAGACUUGGCAGCUCGUGGAUUGGAUAUUCCUCAGGUUGACUUGGUGGUUCAGAUCGACGCUCCUUCAGAUCCCAAGGCGUUUAUCCACCGUAGUGGAAGAGCUGGUCGUGCAGGCCGAAAGGGUUUGGCGGUGGUUAUGUUGCACCCCGGGCGAGAGGAGGACUACGUUCAGUUUCUGGAGAUUCGCAAAACACCGAUUUCCAAGCUUGAGAAGCCAACUGUUUUUACAUCAGAGGAGGAUGCCGUGGCUGCUACAAAGAAGAUGAGGGAUCUGGUGUUGACGGAUAGAGCACUUUUCGACAAGGCUCAGAAGGGAUUUGUGAGUUGGGCUCGAAGCUAUGGCGCCCAUCAGGCAACAUCUAUCUUCCGCGCAGCUGAUCUCGACUGGGCUGAUCUUGGUAAUGCAUGGGGACUGCUUCGCAUGCCCAGGAUGCCUGAGCUCAAGAGCUGGAAGGGCGACAAGAUGUGUGGUCUCGAAAUUGACUGGGACAAUUACGCCUACAAGGAGAAGACACGCGAGCAAGCACGAAAAGCAGCUCUCGAAGAGGAAAAGUCUGGAGAGAAGAAGGACAAGAGCGACGAGACAAAGCGAAAGCGAAAGAACAACGAAGCAUGGAGCGCUAAGCACGAAAAGGAGGAUGAGAGAGUUGAGCGCAGGGAGAAGCGACGUAAGCGCCGUGAGGCUGAGGCUACGUCUAAGAUGACGGACGAAGAGAAGUUCAAGCAGAUGGAGCUAAACGAACUCAUCGCCGAGGUCCGGAGACAGAACCGCGAAAAGGCUGCUGCUGAAGCUGCGGCGGCUAAGAAGGAUAAGGAGGAUGAGUUUGCGGGCUUCGAUGAUUAGGUAGACGAGAUAGGAAUAUACCCCGUUUUUUGGCUAAGACAUGUUUUGGGUUUGGUGUACCUGAGGGUAAGGCAGAAUUGGUGUCUUUUGGGAGUGAUUUGGUUGAGGACGACGUGGACAUUGCGUGGCUUGGCUGUGAGAGCAUGGGUGAUUUAUAAGACGUAGG